CUCCGCCUCUGUCAUCAUCAUCUUCACCAAUGAAGCCUGGAGCCCGCUCCUCAGGACCAUCUGGUCAGUCAUCACUCGCUCCCCGGCUCGAUACCUCAAGGAGAUCGUUCUUGUUGACGACUUUUCAGACAGAGCUGAGCUUGGAGAGAAGCUUGACCUGUACCUGAAGUACCGACUACCACCCAUGGUCAAGCUUGUCAGACUCAAGCAGCGUCAUGGCCUCAUCAGGGCCAGGCUGGCAGGGGCACGAGCUGCCACCGGAGACGUCCUUAUCUUCCUCGACUCUCACUGUGAAACCAACGAUAAAUGGAUGGAACCAUUACUCCAAAGAAUAAAGGAGAGCCGCUCUGCUGUUCUUGUUCCCAUCAUUGAUGUUAUUGAUGACAAGACACUUGAGUACUACCACGGCAAUGGACGCUAUUUUCAGGUCGGUGGAUUUACCUGGAGUGGACAUUUUACAUGGAUAGAUAUUAGUACCGAGGAACAACGCAGAAGAGGUAGUCCAGUUGGCCCGACAAGAUCUCCAACAAUGGCAGGUGGGUUGUUUGCCAUCAAUCGCAACUACUUCUGGGAGAUUGGAAGCUAUGAUGAUGGAAUGGAUGUUUGGGGUGGAGAGAACUUAGAGAUGUCUUUUAGAGUAUGGAUGUGUGGUGGUACAUUAGAGACUAUACCAUGCUCCCGUGUUGGACACAUAUUUCGCUCCUUCCACCCGUAUACCUUCCCAGGUAACAAGGACACUCAUGGACUAAACACAGCACGGUUGGCAGAAACAUGGAUGGAUGGUUACAAACGGCUGUUUUAUCUUUACAGACCUGAAUUAGAGCAUUCCGAUUAUGGAGAUGUAAGUGAAAGGAAGGAGCUCAGGAACCGCCUUCAGUGUAAAAGCUUCAAAUGGUACCUGGACAAUAUUUAUCCCCAGAAAUUUAUCCUUGAUGAAGAUGCUACUGCUUAUGGACGAGUGCGAAACAUUGGAAUGAAUAUACCUGUAUGUCUUGAUACCCUUGAACGUGAAGAUUUGGACAACAGUGAUUACACCCUUGGCUUGUAUUCUUGCCAACAUGCACCUCUACGAAAUGAGUUUAUGUCCCUGUCAAAAACUGGAGAACUUCGAAGAGAGGAGGUAUGUGCCGAGGUGCCAACUUUCUUCUUGCAGUCAACGGAGAAAGUUCGAAUGAGUCACUGUCAUGGGCAACGAGGAAAUCAAGAAUGGUUACUGACACAGACUGGUCACAUCGUACACAAGGCUACAACAAAAUGCCUUGACAGAGGUGAUAAGCAAUCCAUGGAUGAUGUGUUUGUGACGGAUUGUGCAAAUUCACGGACUCAACAGUGGUGGUUUGAUCACUACAACUUAUCUUAUUGAACAUAGGUUCUCUAGAAGGAUUAUAAGCUUAAAAUUUACUUUUAAAAACUUAAUUCUAGUAAUUCUCACACAUUAGAUAAACACAGAUUGUAUGUUGUAACUGAUAAAGUGAAUAAUGUAACUUUCUUAUUCCAAGCUAUUAAAAAAAAAAAGAUCUUAUCUGAUAUGUGGUUCACUGUGCAGAGCAGCUUUUAAUUUUUUUUCUGCAGAUGGCUAUAAAUUCUAAAAAUAAAACAUGUGGUACUAUAUAUGUAUUAUUAAUAUUGAAAACAAUCAGUAAACCCUUGUAUGGUACCAUGGUAUAUAACUCAAAACUAAUUAGGCAGCUAGUCAUGUAUCACUUUAAGGGUCAUUUGUUUAUAAAAGGGGGGUCAAAUGAAAACUAAAUAUUGGCAGAAUCAUGCCUUUAAUACAGAUUGCUGGUGAUGAAUGAUGUAUUACAUUUCCUGCAGGUUUUUCCUUACCUUUCAGUACAGUACAUGUGCACCAGUAAACUGAUCUGCAUAAUUUCUAACAUUUUUGUUAAUGAUAUUCAUUGCUAUAUUCUUGAUUUUUUUCAUUUAUAUGUAUUUUUUAGAAUUUAAGGUAAAACUACAAUUGUCUGUAUAUUGUAAACUCUACAGUAGAUUUCCCUGCAUUUCUUCUUACCACAUGCUCUCUAAAACUUCCAUUGAAUCUUACUGCUUUUGCUGAAGAGCAGCAGAUUACAGGUAAGCAGACAUGUUUGCCAGCCAGUACAACAGGAUUUGCUGUUUGCAAAGAGCAGCACUAGAUGUUUCGUUUUCAUUUGACUCUCCUUUCCAGCACUGGAGCUGUUUAUUGCAAGUUCCUACUUUUGUAAUUUGGCAAUUCUCAGAAAGUUAAAUUUCUAACUUGCAUUUUUACAAUGUUUAAGAAAAUAUAUACUGGUAAUAUCCAUGUCUUUAGAGAAACCACAGUCGAUUCUCAAAUUACAUUAUAAUCUUUUGUAAUAUCUAGCCGUAAACAAAUGUUAUAUACAGCCUCUUCUCGCUUAACGACGGAGUUCCGUUUCUAAGGCUACAUUGGUAAACAAAUUUGUUGCUAAGUGAGGAGCAUACUAUAAUGGUAGUUGGUUUGUGUCAACCAUCAUUGAUAUUGUUUUAAUGUCACCUUUGCACCAUUUAUAACAUUUCUGGUGUAUUUUUUAAUGUUUAUUAGUAAUGUACUGUAUAUUGUAAUACACAGAAUAGAGGAAAUCAACUCUAAUAUAAAUUUAGGUAUGCAUACUGGUCAGAGAGCCCGUCGUAGUCUGAGUCAUCAGUAAAUAAGUAUGUCGCUAAGUGAGGAGAGGCUGUAUUUGCAUCAUAAAAAAUUUAAAUUUUAAUAUUCUCUUGUUAAAAUACAGUAAUGUAUAAAGUACUCCUUUGCAAUGAAUGAGGGUUGUUGUCCAAGAAAAUAUUUGAAAAAAAUUUGUUCAAGGCUAACCUAACUUGGCUCAGACCUAACAUCCUCAGCAAACGACAAAAAUGUAAAUGGACAUCACUCAGAUGUAAUACAAACAAUACAUUAUUUACAUGUCAAACCUAAUUAUUUUUAUAGUGGAUGGUUACUAAAACACACAAUUUGAACAUUUAAACACGGUAAACUAUUCCUUUGGUGAUGUUGCACUGCUUUGACCAGUCUUGCCAUUAAUAAACAACAACUAUAGUAAAAAAAUAUCUAAUGCUUACAGAUAUUAGCUUGAUACAUUUUCUAGGUUUAGUAAAUGUAAACUUUUUUAAUUAUUUGCAUGUGGUUUUGCUUUUUAGAUGCAACACAGCUUUGCACAGUACUGUAUAGGGUUGAACUUUCAUAUUAGCUACCUAACACACAAGCUUAUCCUGUAUUUUCUUUCUAUGUUAACUUGGUUUUAUCUUUCAUAUUAAUUUUUAGAACAAAAACAAAAUGUACAUUUGUUCAACAAAAUUAAUCCUCCCUUUCUCUAUAAUACAGUGGUACCUCAAGUUAUGAACUUAAUGCCAGAAGGCUGUUUGAGUGCUGAUACUGAACAAAUUUGUUCCCACAAGGAAUAAUGUAAAUUAGAUUAGUCCGUUUCACACCCACAAAAGCGCUUACAAAAAUACACUUACAUAAUUGUUCGAGUUGGGAGCUGUUUGAAACUUGAGGUAUCACUGCAUAGUGGAACCUCGGUUUCUGUCUUUAAUUUGUUCCAGAAAGUCUGACGAAAACCGAAUCAAUAUUGCCCAUAAGAAAUAAUGUAAAUCCAAUUAAUCCAUUCCAGACACCCAAAAGUAUUAACAAAAAAUAUAUUUUAUAGAGAAUAACUAUAAUUUUACAUACAGAAAACAAUGAGAAAUAAAUAUAAAGGAUAUUGAAAUGGAUAAAUGAACAUUUAACAUAACUUUUACCAUUAUUGAAGACUCUUGUUGGCGUAUGGAAGACGGCAAGGAGGGGAGAGGUUAUUGUUUGGAAGGGGAAAUCCUCUUCUAUAAGGACUUCAGGUAUCAAGUCCCUGUCUGGGGUUACUUCCCUUCUUUGUCUUUUAUUGGCACUAGGACCAGCUUGAGAGUCACUGGACCCCUGUUGCACAAAGAAUCUGUCCAGAGAGGUCUGUUUCUGGUGUCUCUUAAGAUUUGCCUAAAAUGGGUCAAGGCACUGUCACUGAACAUGUUGCAGACACACCUUGCAAUAGCUUUGUUAGGGUGAUAUUUCUCCACAAAACUUUGCUACUCACUCCACUUUGCACACACAUCCUUAAUUACUGAAGAAAGCACAUUCUCCCCUCUCCCUCCUCCCCUGAAGCAAUUUCCUCAACUGUGAUCUGUUGCUGUUCCAGUUGAAGGUGUUGCGGCUCUUCAGUGGUUAGCUCUUUCCUGUGGACUUCCCCAAAGCCACAAUAGAUUCCACAACAGAUGUAGGGUUGUCAUGGUCAGCCUCAAACCUUACAAAAUCCUUCUCUUGGACACAUUCUGGCCACAAUUUCUCGCCUUCUUUAUCAAAGGGUUGGCACUCGGAACUUUCUUUGGCCCCAUGGUGGCUUAUUUAGCAUCGCAUACAAUAAACAAGCACAAAAAACAAUGGAUUAUUAUGAAAUGUUUCGUAUGAAAGCCCAGGGUAAUGUUCACUCAGUGAAAAACAAAGCCAGACUGACUCAGAACAUGUGCAUGGGAUGCUUUGUGUGGGCAUGGGCAGGAGGACACAUUCAGUACGGCAGACAACAACCGAGGGAAUGAACGAAAACUGGGACAAAAUUUUGACAAAGUCGUCAAAAACUGAAUUCAACUAAAACCAGGGCAAACAAAAACCGAGGUUCCACUGUAUUUCAUGAUAUAGUAAAAGAGUUCAUACAGUACUGUAAUUAUUUUAAAAAUCAUUCAUAAAGUAACCAAAAGUGAGGACAUUCUGUAUUAGAAGUUAACAUUAUUUUAAAGCUACAGAAUGUUUAUUUUCAUGUGCGAGAUAUGUACAGGUACUAAUGCCAUUUAACCACAAAGCUCACAAAUGUUGUACAGUGGAGCCUCGAUUAUUCAAAAUAGCCAAAACCAUAAUCUUUUAGAUUAAUUACUAUUUUAUGCUAAACAAAGUUACUAUGAUAGUCUUACUAGGCUCCAAGAUUUUCAUCAGUAUUGCAGUUGACACUUCUUUAGCAUAGUUUCUGUUACUGCACUGUUUUUUCAUGAUCACCAACACUGGGAAGAGAUAUAGGAGAUAGUAAUGAGUGAUCAAAACUAUGUAUUAAAAUACAGUUUACCAUAUAUAAUCCUAGUUAAUACGUGCUGUCUAGCUAAUUAUUGAAUUUGAACAAGUAGGUCCAGAUAAAGUAACAGUUAUGAAAAAAUGUAUAAAAAAAAUUAUAUUUUACAGUAUCUCAUUCUUAUUACAGUAUUGCAUUAAAAUAUCUUAAUUUGUUUUUUUCAUUUCAUUGUCUAGUGUAUUUAAAAUUCUUAAAAAUGUAAUGAUGAUAACAUUAGCAGCUCUGGGUACUUGUGCAUUAAAAUAUACAAUAAAAAAAUAUUUAUUUUGGUGACAGUCAUUAUUACAUAUGUUUUGGUUAAAGAGUUUGUUUGUAAGCAGCAGCAAUGUAAAGUCACAGUUUACCAGCGAUUCAAACAAGCCUCUAAACACCACAUUCUGACGUCUCAUUAUUUAGUCGUGUUUAUAUCAACUUGAAUUAAAAAACUAAAUUUACCCCAAAGAUAACAACAGAAGUGUACAGCAGGCCUACUGAACCAUGCAAGACAGGUCCUACUUGCACUCAUCCAGUCCCAUUCAUAUACAGUAUUUGUCUAAUUUGUUUUUAAAACUUCCCAUAAUCGUAAAGCUACCCCUCACAUAAAGAUAUUGUUUGUCUAAUACCAUACUCCCUCAGUUUAGCUUAUUCCAUGUUAAAAUUGUUUCAUCACUUCUACCUGUUGCUGGAUUAAUAACAGUUCUUUCCCUAUUUAUUGAAUUGCUUGAUUUUCCAACACUUGCAUCACUUUCCUGCAGUGGCCAUUCCUUUAACAUCUUUCAUUCAGCUAUCUUUCUUAUCAAAAUCACCAGCAUGCAAACACUGGUUUAGAAUUACAUUGCUUAUCACUUUGUUACUACAUACAUGUACUAUCAUUAUUAUUAUUACAAUCAAGGGGGAAGCGCUAAACCCGGAGGAUUAUACAGCGCCUGGGGGGGUAUGUGGAAGGCAUUCAGGCUUAAUUUGGGGAACUGGAGCAUAGAUCCAAUUCCCUAAAUCAAGAGCCCCUCACCAACAUCAAGGAACCUUCCUUGAGGGGACAUGUACUAUCAGCAUGUAAGCAAAACUUCAAGUAAAGUAACAAUGCAUGGUGCUACUGCUGCACCAACAAUUUGGAUUGGCUUUCAAUAAAAACAGGGUGCCAUCUUAAUGUGAUAGGCCUGAAAAUAAUUAAUAUGGUACUGAUAGCAACCAUUUUUUUUUUAAUUCAAGAUUUUUGGCUUAUGAAACAUAGGAUAAAUACAAUUCAAUUAUAUAUACAAUAAGUGACCAAUUAUAAUUGUAAAACUGCAUUCAUAAAAUAUGCAAACAUGACACUAUGCAAUAUAAAAUAUCUUUUUCAUGCAUUUUAUUUAUGAUUUUAUUUUAUAUUGCAGUGUAUAGUAUUUAGGUGGUUUUAAUGAAGAGCCAAGAAUAGGCAUGUACACCAAGAGGUACAUGUAUCUAUGUAUAUGUACUGAUAGGUAUGUAGUCUCAAUGUAUACACACAGUUUUACUUCAACCCCUGUUUUAGAGGUUUAAGUAUUAUUAUUACAUUCGUGGGAUCAUGCAGCACCUAGAGAAUAGGAGGGAUUCAGGUCUGAUCCAAGGAAGGGGAGCACAGGUCCAAUUCCUUGAACUGAAAGGCCCUCACUGGCUUCAAGGAUCCUCCACAGACGGAGAUAAGUUUUUUGAUUGGUGGUGUACAGGUGAAAUGCAGCCUUAAGACCCUCUUCAAUCCAGUAAACUUUAAAAAUAACCAUCCGACCACUGAAAAGUUGGCAGUUUAACUGAUGGUGAGCCCACUCCUUAGGCCUCUGAGGCAAUCUACCAUUUUUCCUUAAGAACUUCUUAACUGAAAGACAUUUCUGUGUUCGGGUUAACAUGCUUUCCCCGGAUUUUGUCCAAGCUGAAGGUGCCCCCCAGGGCUGUGUUCUGAGCACAACACUUUCUCCUUGAUAUAAAUGAUCUGGCCUCUGUUCUUCCAUCCAGUAUUUGGUCAUCGCUUUAUGUUGAUGACUUCACUAUAGCUUGUGCAGGCACUGACUCGCCUCAUUGCAGUUUCUCUCCAGCAUGCGGUCAACCGUGUUUCCAAUUGGGCCACCACUCAUAAGUUUAAAUUUUCUAGUACUAAAACUCGCCAAAUUACUUUCACUAGAUGUUCUGUCAUCUCUGAUCAUCCAUUGUACCUAUAUGGCUCGCGUAUCCCAGAAUGUGACACAAUCAGGUUUCUAGGCCUUCUGUUUGACCGUAGGUUAUCCUGGAAACCUCGCAUUACCUUUCUGAAUGCAACUUGUCAUAGCCUGCUGAACCUCCUUAAAACCCUCUCUCAUCUUUCAUGGGGGGCUGAUCGUAGAACUCCCCUUUGGCUACACUUGGCCCUAAUUUUAUCAAAACUUGAUUAUGGCGACCAGACAUUCAGCGGCCUCUCCUGCAACUCUCUCUAGCCUUAAUCCCAUCCAUCACCAGGGAUUAUGUUUAUGCCUUGAUGCUUUUCGCUCUUCACCAGUUGAGAGCCUCUGUGCAGAGGUGAACGUUUCAUCCUUGUCCGAUCACCGUGAUGCUCAUUGCCUGCGCUAUUAUGUUCGCUCUUGUGACCGCCACAAUCCUUCCAUAUAUAGGAUAGUCACUGAUAUUAGUAGAUAUUCUUUAUUUGUUCGUUGCUCCUGUUUACUCCGUCCCUUUUCUCUCUGCCUACAUUCGCUCAUCUUCUCUUCAGUUACCAUCUUUCUGUGUUCAUGUAGCAUCUCACUUUUCCCUACCCCCUCGGGAAGUUCCGAUGGUUCGUGUCUGUUCUUUCUCACGGCCAUGCGUGAAAGCCCAACUGCCUAUGGUGGCUUCUCGCUCUCUUUUUCUUAACCACUUCCAAUCUCAUUCUCAUGCCAUCGCAGUGUACACCGAUGGUUCCAAGUCUUCUGACGGCGUAGGAUUCACAGCAGUGUUUCUGGACAGUGUAGUGCGAGGGCAUUUAUUAUCCCCGGCUAGCAAUUUUAUGGCUGAAUUGUAUGCCAUUCUUGUAGCACUUCUCCGUAUUGCAUCUAUACCUGUGUCACCAUUUGUGAUCGUUUGACUCCCUUAGUGUUUCACAGGCUAUACGAAAAUUUGAUACACCUCAUCCCCUGGUUCUUCGUAUCCAACUUUGGUUACGCCAUAUCUCUAGCAAGCAUACAGAUAUUGUUUUUGUUGGGUCCCCAGUCAUGUUAACAUAUAGGGCAAUGACCGGGCAGACAGUGCUGCACGGUCAGCAGUACAUGACCUCCCAGCUGCAUAUAGAGGUGUUCCAUUCACAGACUAUUUUGCUGUAAUUGCUGCCCACCUUCACACCAGUUGGCAACAACGUUGGUCUGAUCUGCUCUAUAAUAAACUACAUUGUUAAAAUGAGUAUAGGUUUCUGGCCAUCAUCUUAUCAGUGUUGAGGUUGAGAGACUACUCUCUCCCGUCUUCGCAUCGGCCACACUCGUCUUACUCACGGGCAUCUCAUGGAGAGGCACCCUGUUCCACUCUGAGAAUUGUCAGGUUCCAGUUUCUGUUAGCCAUAUUCUGUUGAACUGCUCACUAUCAAUGAGCACACAGAAUUUACCUCUAACGUUGUCACCUCUUUACUGCCCUUACUUUACCUUCCCGUCUUGCUGAUGGUCCCUCUAACCCAGACUCUCUCAUUGACUUUUUGACAGCAACUGAUUUACCGCACAAACUCUGAUGACGAUUAUGGCCCCUUCUACCUCAAUCUCUUGCUACCCUCUACCCCUGCACUAUCCACUGCCCUGCUGCACUCCAUGACUUAAUAAUCAUCCCUCUCCCUCUUGCUACCCAUUACUUCUGCAUCCUUCCAUGCCUGGCAGCCCUGUGUAACCCUUGUAGGUUUAGUGCUUCUUUUUUAUUAUAAUAAUAACUGAUGGUGAGUUUAAAGCAGGGAAAAGGUAAAUGCAAUGGUAUUUUAUUUUUAGGAAAAGAAAUACUGUACCACAAAAACAGCCUCAUGCUCAGGAGCACUACUGAACCUUUAAAGUUUCCAAGAUCAUGUUUUAUCAAGGAUUUUGUUUUUAACAAGAGUCUUGCAUUGCAGUAAUACUGCAUUUCAACCUGUGGUUAUGCAAAGACAGAACAAAUGAAACACAUAAUGCUUUCAUAAAAAUUAUAUGUAGUACCUGGAGUCUACUUGGAGGGUGUUCUGGGGAGGCAACCUCCCUCCAGCCCAGCCCAUCACCAGGCUUUAUGUUUGUAGUCUGUAUAACCCUUGUGAUUUAGUGCUUCUUUUUUAUAAUAAUAAUUUAUGUUUGUAGUGAUUUUCAGUAUUUUAGUUAUAAAAUCUACCUAAUAAACAGAAAUCACAUUAUGCACUAAAAUAAUUUUCAGGCACCAUAACAUUUAUAAAUAUAGAUACACUUUUAUGAGAGGUACAUAUUUUGAAGCCCUGUUACCCUCAAGCACAAAUAAGUUUUUUUUAAAGUCAAGUAUUCUAAUCAUGCAGAGCACUGUAGCUUUCACUUUCACCACGUCAAAAUAUUCGAUAAGCAAUUGUGUAGUUAAAAUAUUUCAAGGAAUACAGUAGUAUCUAUAAAACUGUUUUUAAAUGUUUAUAGUAUUCUUACUAUAUAUGUUCUAUAAAUUCUAAAUUUUAUCUUUCACAAAUGACAUUCACAUUUAAGAAUUUCUAUAAAAUGGAAGUUAAGCCAGGUUGUCAGCUUGUGAAGCAUCCUCCUCUAGCCUUGAAACAUUUUAAAGACUGGAAAUUAUUACACAAACUAUAGAAAUCUUUUUGCUUUUAUCUAGAUAACUUGAGAACAUUAAGAUAUGAAUACAAGCAAUAGGCAUCUAAACAUAUCUCUCUUAUUUGUGUGCUGUAUAGCCCUUGUGGCUUAGCGCUUCUUUUUGAUUAUAAUAAUAAUAAUCUCUUAUUUGUACAGUAUAUAUACCAUAAUUUCAGGGUAAUUAUAAAUAUUCUGAUUUCUUGGAUAACUGUAAAUAGUAGUACUGUAGCAUAAUUUAGCUGUUAUGUCAGGGGCAUACAUGUACUCCACACACAUUAACCUGCUUAGAAUAUGUAAUUUCUUAUAAAGAUAAGAGUUACUGCCCACCAAAGUUAUGCUACAUGUGCUGAUAGUACUUUAGAGUUGCUGCUGAUCUUUUAUAAGAUUUUGCUUAUUGCUCUGGAAUAGCACCAAGGCAAUAAUAUUGGUACCACUAGGCUACCUCUUUUUUUGGUGUUAUAAUAUUUAUAGCAUCUUUUUGUCAUUCCAUCCAGAACUAUCAUCUGUUUUGACCACAACUAUAAAGGCUGCAAAAUAUAUUUUAAUUCAUAAGGGUAAAGAAUUUAUUUAUUUUUCAUUUCUAAAGCACUUUUUCUUUUUAAAUAUUACAUAUUGCUCUAAAGAUCAACAUUAGAAUUUUCAAUACUGCCCAAAUUCACUAUUUUUAUAUUGUUGUUCCUGUUACAGCACAGUUUUUGGUGUAUGAAAUGUACAACUCAUCCUCCUAAGCAAACUAAGAAUUUUAUACACAUUUUCAUUUGAGACUGUCAACAAUGUUGCAUUUUUUUUUUUACUCUCAUGCUACGUAAGUGGUUCCCAGUUUUUUGUUUGUGAAUGAGGUUAUAGUCUCACCUUAAUGCAUCUAAUUGUACUAAUGUUAAUGCACACUAUAAUUAGUUAAAUUUGGUUAAUGUUAACAAACUAGCUAACCUAAAUUGCACAUAUACCCAGAAAUUGGUUUAAGCAUAUAAAGUAAAAACAAAUGCUGACAUUAAUAGGACAGGCUGGAAAUAAAAUGUUUUACAAACUUCACUCCUGAAGAUUUGAUAUUUUCAGUAAACUGGAUGGGUGUGUGUAGUACUAGUGUCUCAAUGCAACAGUGUCCAGCUUAACGAAAAGGGUAAAAAAGUGACAACAAAAGUUAAAAUUACUGUGGUAAAAGCUAUUUCAUUGCCUCCCAAUACUUCUCUGCUCAAGAAAAUAUAGAAAAAAUAUGAAUAUGUACACAAUUUUAAAAUUUAUUUCUUAGUAAUUGAUAAGCCAUAUUCUUGUUGGAUACGUGCAUUAUAUGUUGUAAGGGUGCCGUUUAGAAUUGAACUUACAGAAGCACUUAAAGAGGUACAUAUUGUAAAACUGUAAGAAAUGACUGGCAGCUAGAUAAAUUCUGAUUAGGUGGAUUAGUAGGAUACUCUGAAAAUGUUAAAUAUAACCGCUGUUACACAUUUAGCAUCUUAUUCAAUACUAAUUCAUUAAGAAAAAGGUGACUGGUCCUCUGUUAUUUUCUUACAUUUGCAAUUAGAUUAUCAAUUAUACACUGUUUUAUAAUGCAGCACUAUAGCUUGUUUAUACAAGUUAUACAUGUAUAAAAAUAUGGCACAAGCCAUACAUUUUGUGUGAAAAUUUUUACACAUGCUUGUGUAUUAGGGUAGUGUACAUGAAGAGUAACUGAACAUAAAAAUUAGAAGGUUCCUGGGACCAUAGAUAUACAUAUUGCACUUAAAAAAAAAAAAUUCCACUCAUACUAGAUUGCAUUUAAUACUAUAUAAUUUAAAGAAAAAAUUCCUUGGUUUAUUUUUAUACGAGUGUACACAAUACAUUUUAGUGAACACUGUAAUCUAAUUUAUGCUUUAUUAAGAUAGUUGUAUUAAAUAACAAAUAACUGCUAUACAAUGUCUAUUGUACUUAAGUUUUAUCAUUUAUUUUCAAAUAAAUUACUGUACUGUAGUAAUACUGAAUCAAAUUGUUGAAAGAUCAACAACUCUGAAAAUAUAGAUUUAAUAUAUAAAAAAAUAAACAAGUUCGUCAGUAUUUCACUCUGAAGAUGUUGAACAUCUUAAUGUUUAAAUAAGAUGAUCCUGCACCAGCCUAAGGCAUUGUCCUUAAAGAUUCGAUUAUACUAUCUUAUUGUUUAAUGCCCUUACCGUGCUUAAUUAAUGAGCAUAUAUUUUUAUGGAGAUUUAUAAAAAAUAUACAGUAUUCUGUGAUAUUAUAGGAGAAUAAAUAGCAAGAACUAAGUGUAUACUGUAUGGACCUCCACUGUCUGUAAUAUGUAGUAUUUUAUCUGAGCCAUCACCAUAUAAUGUUAUUACUCCGCUGUUAAUUUACACUUGGGUUUCAUGCACAAGAAAUGUUUGUGAACCAAGUUAAUUUAUAUCUAUUACUUACGUAAAGCUGUCUUCAUCUGUGACGUAUAUAAUCAAAACAUCAAAUAUCAAAACUUUUUUUUAUAUAUAUGGAACUGGGAACCCACAUAUUAUUGAUAAAAGAUCAGUAGAAUUUGACUGAGCUCUGAUAACCUGACCAUUCUCUUGUGAUAACUAAUUAUCCCAUAUUUUUGCACCAUGUUGUGUGCACUAAGUGAUGGAUAAGGGUGUGAUUAAAGGCUAUUUUCCAUAA